CAUCCAUCCAUCCAUCCAUGAGCAAAAUGGCAGCUCCCAGCUGAUGCAGCGCCGGCUGAUGCAGCAAAACCGGGUUGCAGCAGGCGUUCGUUCCGCGAAGAGCACAGCGGUGAUGCUGAGCCGAACAGCUCCUCGUGCCCCCAGCUAGAUCUCCGAGAGGCAGCGAUGUGGGGUCAGCGGUUCUUUCUGGUAUUCCGCCGCGCCGCGUUCGGCCUUCCCGUGGCCGUGGCGUUUCUUGACUGCGUCGCGUACGUCGCCAAGGUCGAAGGCGUUUCUAUGCAGCCGGAGCUGAACCCGGAGCCCGAGGCAUUCUCCGACUACGUGCUCCUCAACCGGUGGGCGUCGCGAAGCUGUGAGGUGCAGCGUGGUGAAGUAGUCGCCAUCAAGUCCCCACGUGACCCGACACAGCGGCUCAUCAAGCGUGUGGUGGCCGUGGAAGGCGACACGGUUCGCACGAUGGGCUACCACGAGCGGCUGGUGACCGUCCCGAGGGGCCACUGCUGGCUCGAGGGGGACAACCACGCCCACUCGCUGGACAGCAACCGGUUCGGCCCCGUGGCCCUGGGCCUGCUGGUGGCCAGGGCGUCGCACCGGGUCUGGCCACCGAGCCGCUGGGGGCGCCUCGAAUCGCGCCAGCCGGAGCCCGGCAGGCUGCUGCGGUGACGAGACAACGACGGCAUGAUGGCGGCGACGACGGCGGCGGCGGCCUGGUGAAAACGCCUAGACGACGACAAAGACGGUGACGGCACCACGACGCCGGCAUGGCGGUAGCCGAUCCCGAAGUCGGUGCACUGUGAAUUAAGGGGAAACAGGCAGCCACCCUUAAAAUGCUGGACAUAGACGAAUAAUGCUUCGCUCCGUCAAUGCUCCACGACAGCGAGUAGGGGACGCUGUAUGCUUGGGCCGAAGUUGGUGCAACCGGUUGAAAUGUGUAAAUAAAAGCAAUGCUUAUAUGUGAUGAGAUGCACAGAU